AUGCCUUCGCGGCAAGAACUUCGGGACCACGAUCUGCUAUCACCAUCUCCUUACGACGACGAUGCCACAUCUCCGCGAUCGCUAUCGGAACAAGACUCCGACUCCGAAGACGAUGAGUUUCUGCGCGCGAACCGGUCGUCGACGGAACUUGCCAGGCACGACAAAACUGUUUUAGAAGAGGAAGAAGAGAUGGAGAAGUUGCUUGUGAGAAGUGGUCCGGCCGAUGGGUUGCGACGUAUCUUUAGCCCAACGUCCGGGCCUGUACGGAUAGGCAAACGAGAUCACAGCCGGCGGCGAGAGAGGAAACGGAGCAUCCAGGGAAAGCCACACCAGGAAGGAGAUCUCAUGUUCGAAAUGGAGGAAGGAUUCCGGGAUUUCUCAGAUGAUGACAGUAUCGAUUCAUUCAACUUGGAUGAGAAGGACGUGGAUGAAUGGCAGGACAAACCGCCCAAACGAGGCCUGUGUGUGCGGCUGACACUAGUAUUUUCUGCUAUUAUCGUGCUCUUCCUGAUCCUGCUCCUCGGUGCGUACAAGGCUUCGAAGGAUACACACGCCACGAAGAAGAUCAAUCCCGAUCUACUUUCCAACGGAACAGCUCUCUUCGCUCCGACAACCAUCGUUGUUUCUCUUGAUGGAUUUCGUGCCGAUUUCUUGAAUCGUGGACUGUCGCCCACUUUAAGCAAAUUUAUUGAGGAAGGUGUUUCGCCGAGAUAUAUGAUUCCAAGCUUCCCUAGUGUUACGUUUCCGAAUCACUUCACGCUUGUUACUGGUCUAUACCCCGAGAGUCAUGGAAUGGUAGCAAAUGAUUUUUACGAUCCAAAUCUUGAGGAAUAUUUUGCUGUCAGGCCAGGACUUAGUGAUGAUGCAAAGUGGUGGACAGCAGAGCCCAUCUGGGUAACGGCCGAGAAGCAAGGGAUUCGUACCGCCAUUCACAUGUGGCCAGGCUCAGAGGCACACAUUGGUAACAUGGAUCCGACCUUCUAUGAUAAAUUCAACGGUUCCGAGGUUCUUUCGCGUAAAGUUGAUCGCGUUAUGGAAUUUCUGGACCUUCCAGGUGAAGAAAGCGAUGAUGAUGUCCAGAAACUUCGGCCACAGUUCAUUGCUACAUACGUUCCGAAUGUUGAUACUGCUGGACAUCUCUACGGUCCAAAUAGCACCGAGAUCCGAUCCGUUAUUACCGAUGUAGAUGACAUGCUUGCAGGCAUUUUAGAUGGACUGGAAGCUCGAAACUUGACUAAUAUAGUCAACAUCGUCGUUGUAUCUGACCAUGGGAUGGCUACAACUUCCACAUCGCGAACUAUCCAGCUGGAUGAUUUGAUUGAUAUAAAUCUGGUGGAAUACAUAGAUGGUUGGCCUCUCAGAGGCCUACGGCCAAACACAAUCGAAAGUUUGGAACUCUUGAAGACCCAGUUGGCAGACAAGGCAAAGGAAUUUUCCGAUGGAAUAGAGGUUUACACCAAAGAUACAAUGCCAGAGAGAUGGCAUUUUACGAAUAAUGACCGAAUCGCACCAUUGUGGAUCAUACCAAAGGCUGGCUGGGCAGUCGUGGAAAGACCCGAUUUUGAUGUGCAAGAAGCACUGGCAAAGGAUAUUGUUUACCGGCCCAGAGGUAUUCAUGGGUAUGAUAACUAUCAUCCCUUGAUGCGAGCCAUUUUUGUCGCUCGAGGACCUGCUUUUCCUCAUCCUCCUAAUAGCCGAGUUGAAGAGUUCGAAAACGUCAAUGUAUACAACCUCAUAUGCGAGUCUAUCGGAAUCAAACCAUUACCCAACAAUGGUACAUUACAUCUUCCAUUCACGACGAUCGGCCUGCAUAGUGAUGAGAAUGCUCCAAGUCUCGAUGCACCAGCAGAUCCGCCACAGACAGCGACAACAAUGAGUGGACCCCCGGCUCCGUCAACCACCAGCACAUCUACCACCACAUCUACCACCACGUCCGUGGGCACUCCUCCGUCGCAGGACGUACCUACGGAAUCACCAGCGAAUCCUGGUAACAAAGGUGAUGAUGAUGUAGAUGACGAAACUUCCUCGCUUCAGUCAUUCUAUGAGGGACUCAAGGAUACUUUUAGCUCAAUCAAAGACUGGUUUGGCCAGUUAUUCUCCGCGAAAUAA